CUAUGGCAACACAGCUGUCCAUUUUUAAAUCAGCAAUUUUCUAAAAUAUGUGUUGCCAAGAGACAUCUAACCGAUAGAACAUCUCGGCGUUCUUUUGAACGUUUUCUGUUCGAAAACAAGAACCACUUCAAUUUGCUGUUUAACAACAACAAACUUGACUGAUUUUUGAGACCUGAGAUUGAAACAUCGACUGGAAAAUGCCUGGGUGCUUUUCAAGAUUGAUGGAGGGAGUGCGAGGACGUCGGCAGCCUUCUGCGUCGACAGGUUGUUCAAAUUCAUUUGUGGGUUGUUUUUGUUGUCUUUUUCCGUUUUGCAGGGUUCGCGAUCGUCGGGAGGUGGACAGCGACAGCGACUUCGAAGAGGAAUCAAAUGUACUGGAUGAGGUCCAGUUGGAUGUGCCACUGCUGCCAGUCAUCCUUGAUGUCCAGGAUGCUGCUAUCAUCCUUGAGGAUGUGCCAGAUGUACCGACUAUCCUUGAGGAGGCCACUGGUAAUUGGCAGUUGAUACCGAUUAGGUUCAGCCCCCUGUACUGUGGGCCUGUUGUGAUCAGAAACCAUGCCGGUCCAGUGGCAAAAGCUUGGAGAACUUUCCAGUUCAUCAGCCCCAUUAUCACCUAUAUGCGUGGGGGAUCCCAGCAGGUGGUGGUGAGGAGGCACCAUGUGAGUAGGGUUCGAGGCCUGGAGACUCAACUGGUGUGGGCCAUCUCCAGGGAGACAGCCAGACUUAGUUCAGAGGGCAUCCCCUACUGUGCCACCAAGGUUCAGUCCGUCACUUGGAUCCUGUAUGUGGCUGGCAGGGUGACCCAGUAUGCUUCUCACCUCCGCCAUGAGACGUCUGUGGACAUGACCCUUGGCUGCUACCAGCAGACUGAUGUCUCGGUGGUGUAUGCCACUCUCCACAUGGGGCCGGAUGGGCUGCUCUCCUCCUCGGCGUGGUCGGAGGCUGCCUCCGUGUCUACGCCCACCAAUCAGCAGUUCACUGAGCCAGAGCCUGAAUGCCACAACUGCUAUGAGGGCUGGGAGGAGGACCUGCUGCCUGAGGAGAGGGAGGUUCCUCUGCUAAACCUCUACCUUACCACCAAGAGAGUGGAGGACAUCGCCCUGAGGCUCGUCUCCCUGCGCCAGGCCUUCACUGACGAGGCCGAAUUCAUCCGUGCCUAUAACGACUUUGUGGACUACCUGAGUGACCCCUCCAAGCAGAUUGACAUUGAGAGGGAGCUGGCUGAGGCAAAGAUCCAUCAUGUUAACCUGAUAGAUGUCCUUUUUGAACUGGUGCUAUUUGGGAUGAUGACAGCUCAGAAGUCCCUGAUGGUGCACCCUGGUGGGUUCAUGGAGCGUCUGUACGCUCUCCUGUACUCCUUCCUGCCCGUAGCUGCCAGCAUUGAGCCAAAGGCCGAGAGAUACCUGCUGCUGCUCAAUGGCGGGCUGAUGGCUCUGCUAGAUGACAUGUUUGGGCAGCAGCUGGCCUGGUACUUUAACCCAGUGUCUCUGGUCACUGAGCUCUCCAACCUCCUGGAGUACCACCUGGAGAACCUCAUGGCCAGCAUGUAGUCCUACUGCAGAGAUCUGAAAGGCCACAUUUCUCUCUCUUUCUCUCAGGAAUUGAGGACUUGAAGUGCUUCACUGAACCCUGAUUAGUUAACACCCAUUGAAUUAAUGUAUUCUCUUGUUUUCUCUCCCCACAGGAUUCUUGUGACACUUUGCCACCA